GUCGAUUUAGAGAGUCCCGCUCCGGGAGGCCUAGAUCCAAGUUUAAUAGGUCCAUGCCUGCGAUGCAUCCUUCAAAAACACAGGACGAGAAAAUGGCGCGAAUUUCAGCUGUGUUCUCAUAGGCGCUCGUCGGCGUUAUGACGUCCGUAAAUAGGCGGCAGUUGGGGCAUGCUUCGUUCACUUUGGUAAACAAACAGCAGACAUUCUCUGGAAAUAAAGAACCAAAUUUGAAGGGCGGGGGGUUCUCUUCAAGGUGGAGUUUUUCAAGUUAAGAUAUUUCAGAGCGUCAACAUGGCAAUGAUGAUAUGGCAGCCAAAAUAUUAAGUGUUGCCCAUAUAACUUUGGAAUGAAAGCAUGUCAAAACAUUAAACCUUAUUUUGCAAUAAAUGAAUUGCAGCCACACAACUUUGCUGCUCUCAAAAUAACAUUUUGAUGGUUUAGGUUAAUAAAAAUUGGAAAAUGUUUUUUUUCAAUGUUGAAUUAAUUUUCCAGAUACAUUUACUUUUAUUUCAUAUUUAUUUUAUUGACAAUGCUACUGCAUCAGCAAAUUGUCGCCCAGCAGAAUACAGUACAGAAGAGGGCUGUUGUCCAACUUGUCCACCAGGAAUGUCUCGGUCUGAAGGUGAAGAGGUCGUGUACAUCAACAUCAGAUGCUGUGUGUGAGGUCCUGGAUGGAUUCUUCUGUAGUGACUCUAACAGAGGUGGAUGUAGGGCCGCUCAGAGACACCGUCUGAGCUGCAGUCCUGGUUAUUACAUCGGUCAAAGAGGAACAGCAGAUAAAGACACAGAGUGCCUUCACUGUACUGAUGGAACAUUCUCAGAUGGCACAUCAUCGUCUUGUCAGAACCACACAAAAUGUGAAUCUGUGGGACUGAAACUGAUGAGACCAGGAACUGAUUCAACUGAUUCUGAAUGUGGAGAACAUGGUCAACAUAGAGGACUAGAGAGAGGACAUGUGGCAGGAAUAAUACCAGGAGUCGUACUGGUAAUGGCUUUGAUAAUCAUAGCCAUUAUUUGCAGAAAGAAAAUAAGAGAAUGGAGAUUGACAUCAAAGAUGGAGACCCUGAGCCAGGAGUUGUGCCGAGACUACCGUCUAAGAGGGAUUUACUCUCCUGCACCAACCAGGGACCAACAAGAACAUCCCACAACUACCCCUGCUGCUACUAUGGAUGAUCAUGAUGGUGACCAGAGUCUGGGUCCAGCCCCCCCCCCUCAAGCCCCACACAUAAUGGAUCUGUGUUGCUCCCACAACAUCCUGAGGACAAUCAGUCUGUCCUCUUCAGGACAGACGGAGGACAGGUUUUCUGUCCCCCUCACUCUGGUGCCCCCCUCCCCCUCCCGGUCCACCCUCAGUCUGGGUCCCCCCUCCCCCUCCCAGUCCACCCCCCUCACUCUGGUGCCCCCCUCCCCCUCCCGGUCCACC